AUGCACUUCAACGACAUCUUCGAUGGCUGCAAGCCUGGUGCUGACGGCAUCAUCACCAUCGGCCAGGGCAAAGCUGCCCAUGAAGCUGCCGCCCAGCUCCCCCAAGCCUUUCGCGACAAGGCCAAUUUUCCCCACGAAAUCCUGCACACCACCGGCAUGGUAUCGCUCCAUGACCUAGGCGACGCUUCGUGCCAGGCCAAGGGCGAGUUUGAAGUCAUCGCCAAGACCGCCUUUGACGUCGUCAAGCGCUUCCCCAGUGGCACAGCCAUCGUUCAUCUCGGCGCUACCAACUCCAACAUGUACGCUCCCUACGUCGCGGCCUUCAAGGCCCAAGAGAAGUCCUGUGUCUACCUCCCCCUCGUCUCGGACCUCCCAUCCCUCCAAGCCCAAGUCACGCGUGCCACGGAGGAGUUCCCUGGCAUGCCCACGUACGGCCUGCACGGCACAUGCGAAGAGGGCGACGACUUUUUCGCCAACAUCAAGAUCCCAUGCCUGUACCUCUACCUGGGUUCCCGCUUCUACGGCGUCCCCGACCCCCUCUGCCUCGACCGCAUACACUCCUUCUCCCAAAACUUCAAGCGCACGGACGCCCUCAUCAUCAGCCAAGAGGAGCCCCCCAAGACGGACGCUGGCCCCGUGUCCCGCGGCAAAGACCCCUACAUGACGCCCCUGUACCGCAAGUUUGUCGACACCUAUCUUCGUGCCCUUUGCGCGCACGCCGGCAUCGAGAACGUCAGGCCCGGCAGGGACUUUCCCUACAAGGCCAAGUCAGAAGGUGGCAUGCACUAUUUCGAGAUGACCACGACGCGCGACAUGGUCUGCACCGCUGCUGGAUACGAUGGUUUCACUAUUGAGACCGGUACCGUCUUCAACAUGUUCAAGACUUGGAAGCGUGGUGCUGGCAACGUUGUGGAAAUCACCCUCGACGCAGACGUCAACAUUGAGACCCUUGGCCACUCGGACAAGAUGCGCAUGAACUUGUACCUCAUUUUCCCUUAA